CUGUAAACUUUGGUUGGAGAAAUGGUUGAUCAAACGAAACACGUGUAACGUUAACCGAUGUGGGUGGGGCGGAAAACUGUAAACACCAACUGACUGUGCUAUUCGACUCUAGCUUCUGACUUGAUUUAUGAGAUAGAUUGUUACUAGCUGGUAGAACUUCAUCAGAUGGUAGCUGAGAUCAACAAAAAUGUUCCGUUAGCGCAUAAAACUUGAAACGCAAAAUGCGAUGCUAUCUUCAAGCAUUUCUCCUGUGCAUGGUCUUCACCUUCUUUUCACUGUUGUAUGUGUUCAAUCAACUCGCCUCCACCUUGGAGGACAGAGACGACUGGAACCUGAAAGAACAGGGGAUACCCGACAGGCGCAGUCAUGACUAUGGGCAUCUUCUCAGGAAAAGGCCAGGACUGACAGGCCUUCGAGACCGCGAAGAAGAGCUUGACAGGUGUAAAUCACUGUCAGUUUCUUACUGGAAUCCAUAUUGGAGACUACCUGCUGAUGUUUGUGGAGUGAACUGCUUAUUGGAUUCAUCUCUUAGAGAGAGGUCAGGCUCUGCAGUCAAGGAACAUAGUGAUGAAAGAAGUCACCUGGCUGUGGUGGCCUGUGGCCCCAGGCUAGAGGAGACUCUUACCAUGUUGAAGUCUGCUGUUCUCCUCAGCAAAAAGCCUCUGCACUUUUACGUCUUUGCUGAGGAUGAUCUACAUGACCGCUUCAGAAAUGCUCUGGACUCCUGGCCCAGGACUGUUCAGACCAAGUUUAACUUCACCAUCUACCCCAUCACUUUCCCCAAGGAGAAUGUGAAGGAGUGGAAGAAGCUCUUCAAACCAUGUGCCUCUCAGAGGCUCUUCCUGCCACUGAUCCUAAAGGAGGUGGAUUCUUUGCUCUAUGUGGACACAGAUAUCAUUUUUUUGCAGCCAGUAGAGGACAUCUGGGCCCUUUUUUCUCAGUUCAAAUCGAGCCACUUAGCUGCCAUGGCUCCAGAGCACGAGGAGCCACGCAUUGGCUGGUACAACCGUUUUGCCCGCCAUCCUUACUAUGGCAAGACAGGAAUCAACUCAGGGGUCAUGCUCAUGAACAUGACGCGCCUCAGGGAGAAAUCCUUUAAGAAUGACAUGACAAUAGUUGCACUGAAGUGGGAGGAAAUUCUGAUGCCCCUUCUCCAGAAGUAUAAACUCAAUAUCACCUGGGGUGACCAGGACCUUCUUAAUAUCAUAUUUCACCAUAACCCAGAAAGCCUAUAUGUGUUCCCCUGCCAGUGGAACUACCGUCCAGACCAUUGUAUCUAUGGCAGCAACUGUCAACAGGCUGAUCAGGAAGGUGUCUUCAUUCUCCACGGUAACAGGGGAGUUUACCAUGAUGACAAGCAGCCUGCGUUUCGAGCCGUCUACGAGGCCAUCCAAAAGUACACAUUUGGUGAGGACAUGGAGACCUCACUGCUUCAGCCGCUGGAAGCGUCGCUACAGGCAACCACAAAUACCUACUGUGGAAGAGCCAGUCACCUGUUCACGAAGAAGUUAAAACAGAGCAUCAUGUCUGUUCAACAAGAUGCCGCACAGAGAAGAUGAGCAGGACAACACUCUUAUAUCACUGAUAUCAUGAUUAGUGUCUUAAUUUCUCUCUGGAAGUAAAUACUUAAAUGUAAGACACUCCUGUGAAGACAGUGAGCUGGAUGACAAACACACACAGGUCAGCUCUGAACGUUUAUCGGUUUACAAACUGCAUAUCAAGACUGGAAAUGGGGAAGGGUAAUCUGUUGAACAGGUUAUAUUUUCUAUUCUUAAGUGAAGCCAAUGUUGGUACAUAUCUGUCCAAUGAACACACAAUCAGGUCACAUAUGCUAUCACGCCAUAUGGGGGAAAAUGCACCGACACUUUUUAGAAAGAACUUACAAUCACUUUAUACAAUUGUCUAAGGACUUUGGGGGAAGAUGAAUGCAGCAGGGUACUUACAUAUGUACUCUUAUCAAGAUUAUUUUAUUAGAGUUUAUAAUUUUGCAUACAGGUUUUGUACUAGAGUUUUUGUCACUGCAGUAUAUCAUGGAAAAGGGUUAUCUUCAUGUUUUUUUUAAGUAAGUGUCACAUCUUUUUUAAACAAAACAAAUGCUCAUUAAGAAUACUUCAAACAUAUACAGUACAGGCCAAAAGUUUGGA